GGAUGCAACACCCGGUAGAGCAGCCGUUUGUUUACGAGAUGGCAGAUAUGAAAGCUCUGGACUGUUUCCCCGAAAACAUUUUAAUAGAGAUUUUAUCCUAUUUAAAUGUCCGAGAACUUGUUCGCAACGGAAGAGUGUGCAAGCGCUGGAAACGGUUAGUGAAAGACCAGAGACUGUGGCGUGUUGUAGACCUUUCAACAUGGAAAGGGGUGACUUCUCGUGUGUUAUGGGUGUUAUUACGGCAGUAUCUGGGUCGAGGUCUGCGUUAUCUGCGUCUGCGAGGUUUGCUGCUGUCUGCGCGCGGUGGUGCUUUCCUCUCUGAGCCCUGGCUGCAGACUCUAGCUUCCAAAUGUCCUCGCCUCUUUAGGCUCAGUCUACUGCACACUGACCUGCGUGGCUUGCCUAGCUGCUCUCUCCUCCCUCCAACCUUACAGAUCUUGGAGCUGCAUGGCUGUGAGGUCCCUCCUGGUUUCUUCACCCAGAAUCCCCCUGUGACAUCUGAGCUGGACCAUCCUGUGGUGGCUGCUUCCAAUGGACAAAACAAACCUCCAGUGUCCUCAUCCUUUUCAGGCAUCACCAUAGAAACACUGAUUUUAGACAAUGUGCCAUCGUUCACCAAUCAGCACCUGCAGAGUCUGAACUUGUGGGGGCGGCUGAGCCGGCUGGAGCUUCGGGACAUGAUCCGGGUGACAGCAUCCGGACUUAGGUCUUGUGCUCCCCCAGGUGUGCAGGCACUAUCCCACCUCAAGCAUCUGGAAAUGGACACAGGGAGCCGCAAGCAGAUGGCGGCACUGGGGCUGGGAGAAGGCUGGGUAGGGCUGGAGAGUCUGGGGCUGGGGGGCCGGGAGGUGAGCCCCGGCCUGCUGUGCUUGAGCCGCCUGCCGGACUUACGCUGGCUGCGUUUGCGCAGCUGCAGGCUGACCGAGAUGAUGGUCCUACGCAGCUGCCGGAUGUUGAAGGAGCUGCGAAGGCUGGAGUUUUGGCAGGUGGAGUUUGUGAUUGAGAGCAGACAAGGAGAAACAGAGGGAGGAGGAGAGAGAGAAGAGAGCGAGAGAGAGAGGGAGGAGAGCAGCGAAAAUGACCCAGUGCCUAAUCUCAGACGCUCACUGGCCACUCUGCUGCCCAAGUGCAGUGUCCUGUUUACACAGUGUACAGUUACAGAAAACAUGGACUAACACGUGCUGGAACAUUACCACAAAUACAGGCUCAGAACGAGCUGCCAUCAUCAAAGCCUCAAACAAUACCAGGAAUAUUCCCUAGAUGUGCAUCGCUAAAGAAUAAAGAUUUUUCCAGCUACAGACUAAUUCUUCUUCGGAUGGAGAAUUCUAUUUUACGUUGGACUUUAAUGGCUAGUUCGAAGGAACAUUCCAGGAUUUGAACCUAAUCUCGCUCUGCCGUAUCUUUAUCAUACCACUGAUUAAUAUGGAUAAUAAUUUUGAUGCAUUUCACUGUACCUAGAAAAGCACUGAAGGCCAAUUAGUGUCCAAAUUUUGCUUCUUUAGUUUAAACUAGAGCUAUGAAGCUAAAGCUGCUAACAGACAGUUAAUAGUCACCCAAAUCAUUUCUGUAAAUACAUCCGCAAAACUUUUCUCAACAUGCUCAGAUUACAUCUACGUGUUUAUUUAUAUUGAGUUUUUUGAGCAGGUUGAGAGACGUUUUGGGGAUGUGUAUAUAUAGAAACGAUUUGGGUGACUAUUGACUGCUAAUGUUAGCAGUUCUGAAUUGAAGAAUUAGACAUGUCUUGUGGAUAAAAAUAGUGAAUAUUUUCUCUAAAACAUUCCUUUAAUGGUACAGAUCUGAGGAUAUACCACAAGAUGGGAGAAAAUCUUAAAAUGUUUCAUUCAACUUUUAAACAGAAGAGCAACACAGUAAUAAAGUAGUUCUGGUUACUUUUGCUUUUCCAUUUAUGGCUUUUUUUAUGGAACACUUUCAUACAUUCUUCCUGAAGAAUUGACAGAGUUGUUCUGCAGUAAUAAGUCUUGCAUAAAUGCUUACUCACAGACUUAAGCAACUGCCCAUUGACAUCUAUUAUACGUGUGCUUUGAAUCGCCAAAUUUUCUGUUCCAAGUACAUGGAAAAGCAGCAUAUUUAUCAUCUGUGGUAGUCAAGCAUAUGCUGCAUGUGCAGCAGAAAGAGGUUAGGUUGAGUAUUCCUUCAACACCUGUGACCUGGAAUGAUCUUCAAACAAGAUAUGCCCAAAGAGGGUUGUGUUGGGCUGUACAAGUAGGUUUUAAAUGACUGAGAGUCUAGAAUAAAGUAUGAAAUCUG